CAGAUCUUGUUGAAAUAUGGUGAGAAUUCGCAGGAUUUUUUUCUAAUUCCUGCAGAAAAUCGCGAUUAAAAUAAUCGCGGACAAAAUUGCGUAGGUUCUAAUUUCGCGUAAAUGUUGUGUUUUUUUAUGAUUGUGUUUAAUUAAGGGUCCAAAGAAAAUAUGUUGGAGUUUUGGUGUGAUAAUUUUAUUGCAAGGUGAAAAAUAUUCGCGAAAAAUUAGAUUUAGGACUUUCAAUCGAGGAAAAAGGACGGUGAAACUACGUAACAUGAAAAAACGGUAUAAAUAAACGAAAAACCACCCAUUAAAAACUGAUUUAUGAAUUUGCUUAGCAUAGGUUGUGAAUUAUUAAAUUAGAAGGUAAAUAAAAAGGGGAAAAUGUUCUAUAAAGUGAGUGUACAGCAUGCAAGACUAGUGGACAAUCAAAAACUAAAAAAAUUGUGACAGAAUUAACGGGAAAAUAACAGGAAAAAUGCAGAAGGAAAAUUCCAACCCAACCACUGAGAUCCAUCAGUAUGUUGGGCCUUACAGGUUGGAAAAAACCUUGGGAAAAGGCCAAACAGGACUGGUCAAAUUAGGUGUACAGUGUGUGACUGGAAAAAAGGUGGCCAUUAAAAUUAUAAACAGGGAAAAGCUGAGCGAAAGUGUUUUAAUGAAGGUUGAACGAGAAAUAGCCAUCAUGAAACUGAUAGACCAUCCACACGUAUUGGGGCUAACAGACGUUUAUGAAAAUAAAAAAUAUUUAUACUUAGUUUUGGAACAUGUAUCAGGAGGUGAACUAUUCGACUAUUUAGUGAAAAAGGGAAGACUAACACCUAAAGAAGCAAGAAGAUUUUUCAGACAAAUCAUAUCUGCGUUGGAUUUCUGUCACAGCCACUCUAUAUGCCAUAGAGACUUAAAACCUGAAAACUUGUUAUUGGACGAAAAAAAUAACAUCAAGAUAGCUGAUUUUGGAAUGGCAUCGCUGCAACCAAUGGGAUCGAUGCUCGAAACUAGCUGCGGUUCACCUCAUUACGCAUGUCCAGAAGUAAUCAGGGGUGAAAAAUACGACGGUAGACGAGCUGACGUUUGGUCUUGUGGAGUUAUACUGUACGCCCUUCUGGUCGGAGCCCUGCCUUUCGAUGACGACAAUUUACGACAAUUAUUGGAAAAGGUAAAGAGGGGGGUAUUUCAUAUCCCCCACUUCGUCCCACCUGACUGCCAGAGCCUACUACGAGGCAUGAUAGAAGUGAAUCCAGAAAAAAGAUUGACGCUUGCCGAGAUCAAUAAACACCCAUGGGUAACCGCCGGAGGUAAAGGAGAGUUGGAACUGGAACUACCCAUGAUGGAGGUCGUUCAAACACAUGUUUUACCAUCAAUUGAAUCUGUGGAUCCAGACGUCCUGCAAGCCAUAUGCAGUUUGGGUUGUUUCAAGGAGAAAGAGAAGCUUAUCCAGCAUUUAUUAAGUCCUAGUCAUAAUACCGAAAAAGUGAUAUACUUCCUUCUACUCGAAAGAAAACGUCGAAGGCCGGCUUUUGAAGACGAUACCGAUUCGGUUCUAAGACUGAGAGCUGAAUCCAGCGAUCCUCCCAAGAAAAGAAUCGAUACUUGUAGAGUGAACGGACAAAAUACGUUACAGUUUGGACAAAUUAGUGAGGGAUCGCCGCUGACACCAAGACGAUCCCACUACAAAAGACACCACGCAAGAAGAAGUCCCUCCACCGGUAGUACACAUAGUAGUUUAAGUAUACAUUCACCUACAAGGUCAUCCUCAGGUGCUUCAAGUCCCGUUUUAUUCAACAGCACCAUAACGCCGACCAACACACAUUCGGCGAUGUCGUCACCGAUAGGUUCGAGAAAUUCCUCCCACCACCCGCACCGAAGUUCCACGCAUGUCAGUUCCAACACCCACGUGACAGUUACUCCUCCCCCUGCCACCCCCACUCAUCACCGAGCCAACAGCAGCGGGGGAACAUCGGUAUCUUCGGUGUUAUCUUUGACGUCCCCUGAGAACGAUACCACAAGCUUAGUGACAGGCUCUAACAUUUUGACCCCAAUGACCCCUCCUGGUUCGCCGCACUCCAGCACGAGCCACCACUGGCGAUCGAGGCUUACCACGAUCAAAAACAGCUUUUUGGGCUCGCCUAGGUUCCACAGGAGAAAAAUGCAAACUUCCUCAGAAGAGGUACACCUGACCCCAGAAUCGUCGCCGGAGUUGACAAAAAAAUCCUGGUUCGGAAGUUUGAUGACGACCGAAAAAGACGAGACGUUCACCAUUUUGGUGAAGGGAAAGCCUCUGGCUUCGGUCAAAGCCGACUUGAUCCACGCGUUCUUGUCCAUAACUGAGUUGAGCCACUCCGUCUCGAGCCCUAUGUCGUUCAGAGUCGAGUACAAAAGAGGCUCGACCGGGCCGGCGAUGUUCCAGAGGCACGUCAGAUUCCAAGUGGACAUUUCCACCAUCACCAAGCAAAGCACUGAUAACGCGAAAGAGCAACUUUUCGCCAUAACGUUCACCUUACUGUCGGGCAACAUAAGGCGAUUCAGACGGGUCUGCGAACACAUCCAAGCCCAAGUGUGCACCAGAAGACCACCACCGAGCCCCAGGGCGCAGAGAAAGUUCACCACGGAGUUAAGCGAGAGUUCAAGCUGUGGCUCGGACACCAGCGAACUCUUUUUGAACUCGAGACAGUUGAACGUUCUGCAGCAGCUAGAAAGCAGCGACUUGGAAAGCGAGUGCAGCGUUUUCGACGUACGAACGGCGACGCGGGACGUGUCCCGAAGGGCCUCGACGAACAACAACACGGAAUCCCUGGAGCAGGGAACCCCUGGCACCCCGAAAGCCGUCCGGUCGAACUCGGAAAACACCGAAAAGUGCGAAAAGAAAUGCAUCACCACCAUGUCGGGCAGCUCGAUAGCAUAAUACGUAAAAAAAUGAUUUUUUUCCUGUUUUUUCUUUAUCUCGGAUGUAUUCGACGAGGGUUAGUGCAAUAAAACGCGGAAAGAUUUAUCGAAAUAAAAAAAUUAACGGAUUUCGAUUUUCUCUCCGUGUCACUUAUUUUUGCCAGGGAAUAGUUUUAUUUCAGCAAUAAACCUGUGUAAAGUUAUUUAAACUGCCAAAUAGUCAAAGAAAAUUAAAUAAUUCAAAAAACAUUCAACAUUCAAAAAAUAGUCCGUUCAGAAAAUAUUUUUGUCAUUCACUGUUCCUUUCUGAAAACAGAAUAAAUUUUACAAGGGUGUACAAGUAGUUUCGAAAAUUUUCAAAAUUUUAAAAAUUAGGAAAUUUGUCCCACUAUUUUUUUUAAAUUUUGGACCAUAGUGCGAAUUCUG